AUGGAGACUUCUUUUCCCUUGAGGCCGAACCUUGUUGCUGCUAAGAGGAAUCGCGAUAUCGUGCUACGGGAUUCUGCCCCAGCAGGCUCUCACGGCCAACAUGCGAAUCUGCCGGCAAGUGCUGAGAACCUCAGAGACACCAUUGAAGAUCAGUUCCCAGAACUAGAGAAGGAAUAUGAUGGCCACGCUUUAGAAGAACUAAAAGGUUCAGCAGAUCACUAUAAUGGCAACGACAUCGGCGCCAUACCCUCAAGUUGGAGGGAACACAUUCGGUUUUUAAAUGAAGUACCUCCCACUAUGAACAUCUCGGAGGUUGCUUCUCAGAGCCCGGAAGAGAAGAAUUCCCCCGUCGAUUCUGUCAAUCCCUACGAAGUGAGAACCACAACAGUAAUGUUGCCAGAAAAAACUGGAAACAAUGGGAAAAGCGGUGAAGAUGUGCUGGCCGAUUACGCGAACCAUUUGGACAAGGUGAAUAACGACGUAGACAACGUCAUGCUUCACGAAUUUCAAAAUUAUCCGGUGGAGGACAUUCUGCCGACCAACGUGGAAACUUCUUUCGCUGCGCCCUACGAAGUAGCGGGCACCUUGAAACCCGUAGAGAUCGAAGACGUCGCAGGGACGCCGGCGAGCCAGAGGAGCCCGACGGAAAGCAAAUCUACUGCUGCGGCCGAUGUUAUUGUCGUCCAGAGUCCUCAAACAACGACCACGAUGGGAGUGGAGAUACCAAGCCUCGAGAGGGUGCCUGUCGCAGAUGUCGUGAAAACGAGCAGUGCUGAAGCCAACAGCACCAAAACCGAUGCCCAAACGCCUGUGUGA